AACCAAACACUCCAUUCAUUCAUUCAUAAGAAGAAGAAGAACAGGAUAAUAAUCACCUAUUCAAUUCCAUUUAGGAUUAGUAGUGGUGGUAGUGUGCUGUAAAGAGUGGUGGUGAACAACCUAGUCUGCCUGCCUGGUUUCUUCAGCAGAAGAAGCACUUCCUCUAGCUAGUCACCAGCAGACAUUAUCUAAAUUUCUGACUUUUGGUAGUCCUCUUAGGUUAGCAGUAUUUAUGCUUAAACAAGUUGACAUUGAACUAUUACAGCGUGUUCCGCUUAAUACUAAUUCAACCGACUAGCAAUCCAGAAGUAGGUUUAAUUAAUUACGAACAGCUCUCCGUCACAGAUCCGAGUCCGACCAAAGCUACGACACGACCUCGUACUAUUCAACUUCAAACUUGGUUUCGGUCAUGGUUGAUAGUUAGUUAGUAGUCUGAUCUGUUAAACAAUUUAAAUAUUGUGUUUUCUGUGCUGGGAGUUAAAAACUGUGAACUUAUAAAUUGUGAAUAGGAAUCCAGUCAGUUCUCAUUUUAUCAUCAUCACAUACAUAUCACAAAUCCCAAGAAGGGACAUACAAAGAGGUUUCAUUGCUAAUUAGCCUCCUAAUACGACAUAAACCUCAAAUCAUUCGGUUGUUGGUGGUGGGAGGUUUCAAGAGUAUUGGUAAACUUUGUGUAAAUUUAAAAGAAAUGGCACAAGAGGCUGGUGGACUUGAUGACAUUUCUUCAACACCCACCUCCUCGUCGACAUCUGGUGCGGGCGACAGUAGUUCGUUAGUUAAUGGAGGUGACAGUCCCAUUAAACGAACCGUUUCUCCAGCAGCAGGCGUGGUCGUGGGUGUCGCCGAAAGAAAUUCCAAAACAGGCGUGAGUCUUACAAUUUCGCCACCAACCAGUUUGGACCUCGAAGGUGCUGGUGCUCAUUGUGUGGGGUUGACCGGCGACUACGAGGCCACCGGUGAGGUGGUGGCACGAUCCAACAACGGGAGUAUUAGCAGCGACAUUGUUUUCGUGGAUUGUAGCGUCGCUGCUGCAGCCGCAUUGAGAGCAAAGGGCCCGGUGCUAUCCACCCACGAAGAAGAGUGCACGAAAGAGUUCCUGGAAAUUGUGAAUGGUGCUAGAGUGUCCAAGGGUGUGAGUCCCUUAUCUUGGAAUGCUGGAGUCAAAUUUCUCAUGGCCAGGAAGUUUAAUGUACGAAGAUCAUUAGAGCUGUAUAAUCAACACCAAGUCUCAAGACACGACGAAGGCUUGUUCAACUUUGACCCAGAGUCGGAACCACUCAGAUCCGAAUUACUGUCGGGAAAAUUUACCGUUCUACCGGCAAGAGACUUGGGAGGCGCAGCCAUUGCAGUUUUUACUGCAAAGUGCCAUCAACCUUCAAAUUCGCCACAUGAGAGCACUUUGAAAGGAGUGGUUUAUCAACUGGACGCAGCCCUAGAAGACCCACAGACGCAGCGGUGUGGAUUGAUAUUCAUCUAUGAUAUGUCAGACUCGAAAUAUUCAAACUUUGAUUAUGAUUUGAGUAUCAAAAUUCUUUCCCUGUUAAAGGGGGGCUAUCCGGCUAGACUGAAAAAGGUUUUGAUAGUGACUGCACCUUUGUGGUUCCGAGCUCCAUUCCGAAUUCUUAGACUUUUUGUUAGAGAGAAACUUAGAGACCGUGUUUUCACCGUCAGUGUACCACAGUUGGGGGCUCACAUCCCUAACAACGCGUUACCAAGAACUUUAGGAGGGCAGCUAGACUCAAAUCACUCGGCUUGGUUAGCGCAAUGUCAUCAAAUCCUUAGCUCGACUGACCUGUGGGGAAGUUUUACAGAUGACACAAUACCCUUUGACCAAUUUUCGGAUAGCAAUGAUACCUCAAUAGAAGAAAAUAGUAAAGAUAUCGGAUCCGACGGUGUGUCAAACGGGAUAAAGAAAAUGAGGAGAAAUGGUACAAGCACAAGUCAGUCCACACCAUCUCCAACUCCCAAUUCUUCUGGUAGCAGCGGCUUUUCUGAUGAUGACAGUCUGCCAUUUGAAGAGAAAGCAGGUCUUACGCUCCCAGAAUUUGUGGAACAUGUACGACAGAAGGGACGUCGAGGACUGUUAGACGAAUACGCUGAAAUUGUAUCAAAAUCUCCAGAAGGGUUAUUCAACGCUUCCAGGUUACGGGGUAAUGUUAACAAAAAUCGCUACAGUGACGUUCUUUGCUUCGAUCAUACACGCGUUAUCCUCUCCACUGAUCCCGCUGAGCCUGACACGUCGGAUUAUAUAAAUGCCAACUAUGUAGACGGGUACAAACAAAGGAACGCGUUUAUAUCAACACAGGGACCUUUACCUCGCACGUUCAGUGACUUUUGGAAAAUGGUGUGGGAGCAAACCGUUGUGUUGAUAGUGAUGACUACUCGCUGUGUUGAGAGAGGAAGAACAAAGUGUGGACAGUAUUGGCCCCCUGAUGCAGACUCUACUGUGGUACACGAGGGUUUUAAACUGAAAAAUUUAGAAGUGGACACGCGACCUGAUUUUGCCGUUACUCGGCUACAAAUAACCCAUCUAAAGACAAAUGAAACUCGCGAAGUUAGCCACCUUCAGUUUUUAUCUUGGCCAGACUAUGGCGUUCCCUCCAGUGCAGCUGCUACGCUUAAAUUCAUUCAGACAAUGAGGAAUGAACAAUCAUCUCGAGUUGUGCAGCUCGGUGAUAAAUGGGAUGGACAUCCACAUGGACCUCCAAUUGUUGUUCAUUGUUCUGCAGGGAUUGGUCGUACAGGUACUCUUUGCACUAUGGACAUCUGCAUUAAACGACUUGUAGAUCAGGGAACAAUAGACGUGAUGGGAACAGUGGAAAGGAUCAGAAGCCAGAGGUCUUACAGCAUUCAAGUUCCAGAACAGUAUUUAUUCUGUCAUGCUGCCAUGAUUGAAUACGCUUUGUCCAACACCCUUAUAACCCACGAUCAAGUAGAAGGGCUGCCCGACCUGUUGGCUGAAGGUGACUCUGAUUCUGAAUGACUAUGGUGGUUGUUGUUCUAGUAGCCCUGAAAAUCCCACCCUCUAUGUAUUAGUAACAUUAUUCUCUCUAUAAUUAACUCCUUUUUACUCAGGAGGAGUGACCAUUCGUUUCUAGUCAGGUUUUUCCGUUCCGUCAAGUUAUAAGUCAGUCAAUUAGUUCUGUUGAAACAUUCAAGUUUUAUAUAUGUGUGGGCAAAGACCAUCAAAUUAUCAUCACCUCUACAAAUUUCAAGAAAUCAUUACUUUGAUCGUUCUUGUUAUUAAUUAGAGUCAAUAAUUAAUUGAGUUAGUGUUGUAGCUUGAUUGCAUCCAUUUAUGGUUUCAAUAUUUUUACACAUUUUUAAAUUUCUCCCGGUAAUAAGUUCUCUUUAAACGCAAACAGACAUAUAUACGUAGCGUCUACAUAUACUUACAUUGGCUAGUUCUAGUUUACAUGACCCUUACGACAUACUAUAAUAAUGGUCUUCCUACAAACAAACAAGCAAACCGAAACUUCUGACCUUAUCUUCUGACUUUUGAAAAUUCGAUUUUUGAUGAUCUAUUUAUGUAUGUAUGUCCUAGUAGGACUGACUUACUCGACGCAAACAAUAUUGUCAUUAUAUGAACAAACUUGCUUAUUUCAAAGGUAUACAACACAAAAUAACAUAUUAACCUUAGCCUGGUAAGGCCCAGGUUUCAUAUUAUUAACAUGGCACUUGGGCCAUUAUUGAUAAACUUGGCUAUUAAUAUUCAUUGAAUUGACGUGGAUAUUAAAAAUCAAUUAAUGCGGGUAGCACAAAGAGGUCUACACUCUACUCAUAUGUAGUAAAUGUAAGUAGGGUCGAGUUAUUUGCCCACAUGAGGUUGUCAUCACAAAAUACAUAUUAAACAUUACAAAUAGGAUUCCGUUUUUUGCUAACAAUGACGCUACACAAGAAAUAUCUCAAUCAAUCAAGCAAGGCAUCACAGAGAGUAGCAUAUUGUCUCAAAUCAUAGCCCAUUCUUAGAAAUCUUAGUUAGUUUUUUUGUCAUUGAUUGAAAAUGUUGUAUUUAUGAAACAAAAUCUAUAGUCUAAAAUCAUGUAUGCGUAUGCAAUAAGCAAUCCAUGCGAUUAACGUGAAAGUAUUUGAUCUGCAAUAGUUUCUCUCAUUUAUUUUGUUACAGGUUCUCGUAAUUGGUUCUAAAACUAGUGCAUGGUUAUUGGUCUGAUUAAUGUUAUAAAUACGCAUUUUAUGUAUAUACAUAUAUAUAGUCAGCUUCAGAUAAAAAUGUUAUAAAGUUUAAAAUAUCUAGUUAAUAGUACAUAGAUAUUGCCAAGUGUCGUAUUACAUACAUUACAUUUUUUUGAGUUUUAUAGUCUCGAAACUCUACUUUAGUCAAGCCGUUUGAGUCAAAAGUUAAGAAUUUCACAUUCAAAGUUUUCAUAUCUAGUUAAUUAUAUGUUGUAAAAUAGUUUCAUAGUUUCAUAGUCUUUAGCAACUGGGGUAUAGUAAUUAAUAAUUUUAAGAUUUGGUCGACUUAUAUUGUGUACCUAUAUUUCAAAUUGUGACGCAUAGAUAGACGCAAUAUAUACAAUACACUAUGUAAUAUACAUAUAUAUGAAUGACUUGAAUCUGAUACUGAUAUUUAAAAAAAACUUAACGCAAACAACUCUAUGUUUACAAUUUACUUACCUGAUGAAGACAAACCGCAUUAAUACAAAAAAUUGUAAUUUUCUUCGUAUGCAAGUAGUGAAUUGUAUUAGGUUUUGAUGAUUGUUAUUAUAUUAUCCACAAAAUAAUAUAAACCAUCCAAUAAGCAGCUAUUUUUGUCAAACAUAAAAAUCGAUUAUGGGUAACAUGGAAUUGGAUAAUACUAAUUUCAAACCUGAAAUAUGUAUGCUGCUGCUUUGUUAUUAUUGUUAUUAUUAUAAAUAGAUUAUAUACAGAACGAAGAAAUGUAAAUCUACUACAUGUGACAUAUCGUCGUUAUUGGUACGUGUAUUAGCGUAAUAUAUGACGAUUAAUAAUAUAUAUUUAUUGGUCGUUUUGCAAUGUUACUCACUCAUUAUGUAUAGAUUUAUUAAAAACUGUCGUUACGUAUGCUACGUAAUGAAAUGAUAGGAAAAGAUGAAAUGAACUGCAAUUUUACCGUCAAUAAAUAAGUUCCAAGACUAUUAAAUUUGA